UCCAAGCUCCCUCCAUCAAUCCAGCAUCUGGGGCAGUGUGGAGAGGUGUGUCAGGCUUUUCAAUGCAUGUGCACAAUUACAAAUGUGCAAUUUGCUUGUAGAAAAUUCUCCACUUCUUCAUAUCUUAUAUUUGCCUAUUUUUUGACCAGUCAAAGACACUCUUAGGCUGCAACAACAUCAGGACACAAGAAGAAAUGCUCAUUUAGGCUUCUUGAGGAUGGUUUUCCAAACUAACUUCACCGGACCACUGCAUGGAAUAUCAGACAAAGAUUUCUAAGGAGACUGUGGAACAUUGUUUUAUUCCAUUGUCACUUUACAUUUGUCUACUUUAAGUGUUGUCCGUUGCUUGCUUAGUUUAAAUACACACCAUGUGUAGACUGUGGAGUAUAGUAGUUUUGUUUUGUGUCAAAUUGGUGGACGCUGCUAAUGGAAAUACAGGAUUUAUGCCGGAAAGAGGGACUGCUGCUUCCUCCUGCUUUGGGGGUUUUGAUCUCUACUUUGUACUUGAUAAAUCUGGAAGUGUGCAGCAUCACUGGAAUGAAAUAUAUAACUUUGUGGAACACCUGGCCUAUAAAUUCAUAAGCCCUCAGCUGCGGAUGUCUUUUAUUGUAUUCUCCGAUCAGGGCAACAUUCUGAUGCGGCUUACAGAAGACAGAGAACAUAUUCGUAAAGGUUUGGAGGAACUCCAGAAAGUGCGGCCAGGUGGAGACACUUUAAUGCAUGAGGGCAUUCAGAGGGCAAGUGAACAAAUUUACUAUGGUAACACUGAAGGAUACCGAACAGCCAGUGUCAUCAUUGCACUCACAGACGGGGAGUUACAUGAAGAUCUAUUCUAUUAUGCUGAGCGAGAGGCCAAUCGCUCUCGCAGCCUGGGUGCCUCGGUUUACUGUGUGGGGGUGAAGGAUUUCAAUGAGACACAGCUUGCCAAAAUUGCUGACGGCAAAGAUCACGUCUUUCCAGUGAAUGAUGGUUUUGAAGCUCUACAAGGAGUCAUCGAUUCGAUCCUGAAAAAAUCAUGCAUUGAGAUCCUUGCCGCAGAGCCUUCAAGUAUCUGUGCUGGAGAGGCGUUCCAAGUUGUAGUUAGAGGAAAUGGAUUUCUUCAUGCUAGAAACGUGGAAAAGGUCCUUUGCAGCUUCAGAAUCAAUGACACCCUUACCAGAAUGGUUAAGCCAUUGAUAGUGGAGGACACAUACCUGUUAUGUCCAGCUCCUGUUCUUCGGGAUGAGGGAACGGCGGCCUCCCUAUAUGUUAGCAUGAAUGAAGGCUUGAGUUUUAUCUCCAGUUCUGUGACCAUCACCACUGUAAGCUGUUCUGAUGGUACGAUCUUGGCCAUAGCACUCUUGAUUGUGUUAUUACUGCUAAUUCUGGCCUUCCUAUGGUGGUUCUGGCCUCUCUGCUGUACUCUGAUUAUCCAUGACCCUCCACCACAAGUCGUUGAAGACAGUUCGGAUGAUGAAGAGGAUGGAUCUCCAAAGAAGAAGUGGCCUACAGUUGACGCCUCCUACUAUGGAGGAAGAGGAGUGGGAGGAAUUAAAAGAAUGGAGGUUCGUUGGGGUGAAAAAGGUUCAACGGAUGAGGGUGCUAAACUGGAGAAAGCGAAGAAUGCCAGAGUAAAAAUGCCCGAACAAGAGUUUGAGGCACUUCCUUCUCGGAUCUUGAAUAACGGCAUGUGGAAACCUCCAGGUCCUCGUAAAUGGUACUCUCCAAUUAAGGGUAAACUGGAUGCAUUAUGGGCACUGAUGAAGAAAGGCUAUGACAGAGUAUCCAUUAUGCGACCACAACCAGGAGAUAAGGGCCGCUGUAUGAACUUCACUCGGAUCAGGUCCAGUUCUCCUGUUCACUAUCCGAACUACAACCACCAUUCUUCACCCAUCUACACUUGUCCACAAAACUUCAACCCACCUCCUCCUAAGAGUCAACUUCCACCACCUCCACGCAGUCCACCAGCCACCCUGCCGUCCAGUUUUCCUCCCCUACCUUCCACCCCGCCUCCUCAUGUCAUUUCUCCACCCCCUUCCAUUACCCCACCUCCAUCCUAUUCUCCACCCCCCGUUUGGCCUUCGCCUUCUUCCACCCUCUUCUUUUCUCAGCCCACGUCUCCACCCUCUCUUCCACCAUCACCCACUUCAUCCCUGCCUCCUCCUCCUCUUCAGGCCCCACCUGCAUUUAGAGCUCCGCCUCCGGACCGCCCACCUCCACGGCCUUGACUGUAAUUUGGAGUGGACUUCUUUGAGGGAUCUGAAGUUGGGGAUGGAAGGUAAACAGGAAAUAUAAAUGUUCCACAUCCUUCUCUUCGCUGAAAACACAGCAUGAUUCCACCGCUGUGUGUCCUAAUGCAAUAAAACUUGAUAUAAAGACCCAUCUGUGGCAUCAAGGGCAUCAUGUAACAGAAUACAAGCCACCAUGCAACUCUAAAACUGCAGGGUGCAAAAUCUGAAUCACAUAUCUACUAAGCUAAUACUUGUUUCUCAGUGGGCAUCAUUUGCUUUUUUGGGAACCAGAGUAAGCUUCAAGAGCAGACGUUUUAGUAAUGGAUCCAUGGAUGUUUCACAACUGCAUGCACACGAGGCCAUCUCAUGUGGAGAUUGUAAUGCUUCAGGGCAGAUGAAUCAAAAUAAACACCUUUAAGGAUGUUUUCAUGAACUAUCAAGGACAUCUGUGCGCAUGUUUGACCUUCGAGAGUUUAAGUACAUUCAACUUGUCACCAUUUAUAACAAGUCUGAAUAAAUCCUUGAAUGGCUUUUCAAAACUAAACAAUGUAUCAAAAGCAUUCUUUAUGGAUGUUGAUUCUAUUAAUGACAUUCGUUUGCAAAAAUCUGUAUCUUUUGUAACAAUGUUUUAAAAUGAAAGCCCCUUGUUUGCUUUUUAAAAAACUGCAAUAAAUUGUUUAGUGAAUUUACCUGUGUCUUGCCAUUGAAAGUGUAAAAGGCUGUUGGUCGUUCAGGUAAUCUUUUCAUUUGUGCAAUAGUGAUUUUAGUAGCUUUGAUUUUAAGUGGCAUAUUUCUAGAUUUGAAAAGAAUUGUAUGUGAGACCAGCUAAACUAGAAUAAUUAUGGGGCAUGACUUGAAACAUCAGGAGAAAAUGUACAUGAAAUGUACCUUACUUUGCACAUCUCACAUUCGUUAGGGUGUAUGGGUGCACUAAUAAAAAUUUAGAGACUAUUAUACUUUUACACGUGCUGUAUGUACAAAUCUAUAUAUCCUUUUGUAUAGUUUCCUUUGAUAUAUAUGGUUUUCUAGAUCUGUUUUUGUUUUAUUUUCAUGGCAUGAUAGCAUGUUUUUAUAAUGUGAAGGCAAGAAAAAAUUACUUUUCCCAGGAAUUCCAAAGAAUAGUUUUUUUGCGUUUGCAUAUCAUCCCUAAAUACUAUCUACAGACGAAAAUUACAAGUAGCUUUGUGCGUUAGAAAUUUUUAAUUUACAACCAAAUUUUAAUCCAUGUGAUAUAUGUGUUUGUUUUGGCCAACAUGUUGUCUGAAUUAUUGUCAUAAUAUCACAUCAGCAGCAUCCUUUGGUUUUCCAGAUCUGUUGUUAUUUUAUUUUCGUGGCAUGAUUGCAUUUUUUUAUAAUCUUAAAGCAAGAAAAAAAUACUUUUCCCAGGAAUCCCUAAGAAUAGUUUUAUAGCCUCUGGAUAUCAUGCCUAAAUACUAUAUACAGACGAAAGAUACAAGUAAGUGUGUUAGACAUUUUACAUUUAGAACUAAAUUCUAAUCAAUGUGAUUUAUGGGUUUGUUUUGGCCCACAUGUUGUGUUUAUUAUUGUCAUAAUAAAUCACAUCAGCAGCAUCCACAGCCCUUUGCUUAUACAAAUCUCUUGUCAUUUCUCAUUAUAUUCAAUCUAAAUUAUUGCAGUCCCACGCAGUGCUGUUUAUAUGACUCUUCAGCCCUGUUUUGAUCAUGGUUUUAUGGGUGUUUAAGUCAGAGAACUAGUAAACAUCACACAUUUCUAAGGAUCAUGAAAAGUAAUCUAUCUUUGAAUUACUCCGAUAACUAUUUUGGUUACUUUCUUGUGAUGUUCUUCUUUAUAAAAUGUUGUAAUAAAAGUCAAACUGGU